AGUCCCGUUUCGCUGUUACCGGCGAGCUAGGGGGAGGGGGCUACGUCUGUAGCCCGCCCCGCGGAGAGGCGGGGUUAUGAGGCCACGCCCCGAGCUAUGUACUGCCGUCUUCGCCGCUUGCGGAACCUAGAGCGGCCGAGCUGCUGUGGACCCUUCGUUGCCGCCCCGGGGGCCGGAGCAUGAGCCUGGCGCCCGGGCGCCUGCAGUGAGGCCAGCCGGGCCCCGCGUUCUCUGCGUCAUGAAUCUGCACCAGGUGCUGACGGGCGCCGUGAACCCCGGGGACAACUGCUUCUCCGUGGGGAGCCUCCAGGACCAGCCGCUCACGGCUUAUGCAUCAGGAUGUGAUAUUGUUAUAUUGGGGACUGAUUUUGAAAGAUUACAAAUAAUCCCUGGAGCAAAACAUGGGAAUAUUCAAGUGGGAUGUGUGGACUGCUCAAUGCAGCAAGGGAAGAUUGCAGCUUCUUAUGGAAACAUGAUUUGUAUUUUUGAACCAGUUACUGUCCUGAAACAGAAGAGCAAUCAUCCUGCUGGAAUGUAUUACCAGUGGCAGAAGAGUGGUCAAAUUUUACUGGACUCCAUAGCACAUAAUAUAACGUGGGAUCCCACAGGCACUCGCCUCUUGACUGGUUCCAACUGUUUGCAGCUUUGGUCCAAUGUUAAUUUGGAAAACCAGUCUGAAGAUGGCAAUCCUGAAAGAACAGAUGUUAGCUUUGGGGACUGGAGAUGUAUGUGGCAAUGCAAAACUGCUUCCCAAGUUUAUCUAAUGAAAUUUUCACCAGAUGGAGAAUUCUUUGCUACUGCAGGAAAGGACGACUGUCUUGUAAAAGUGUGGUAUAAUACUGAUAGUUGGCGAUCAGCAGUAACACCUCAAAGUUCAAGUCCACAAAAACAAGCACAAGAGGUUGAUUUUUCAUUUGUUUACUUGGCCCAUCCUCGAUCUGUAAAUGGAUUUUCAUGGAGGAAGACAAGCAAAUACAUGCCACGUGGUGCUGUAUGCAAUGUACUGCUGACUUGCUGCAAGGAUAAUGUAUGCCGUCUCUGGGCAGAGACUUUGUUACCCAAUGAUAGUUUAUCAUGCGCUGGUGGAUACAACCAUUGGACUGAACCAGUGAACUUAACCAAUAACUUCAAAAGAAAUGCUUCUAGUAAGGAACGAAUGCAAAAUGCUUUAGAGUUAAAUCUAAGGCCCUUUCGACGAGGAAGGAGAAGGUCACUUGCUCUCAUAGCACAUACUGGAUAUUCCCCACAUCAGCAAGAUCCUCAUGAAGUUCAUAGGAACACUCCUUUGCAUGCAAAUGCACUCUGUCACUUUCAUAUUGCUGCCAGCAUCAACCCAGCUACAGACAUUCCUCUACUCCCUUCUAUCACGUCUCUGAGUCUCAGUGAGAAUGAAGAGAAAAGUGGGCCAUUUGUCGUGCACUGGCUGAACAAUAAAGAACUACAUUUUACCCUCUCCGUGGAAGUAUUUUUGCAGCAUCUUAAAAAGAGCUUUGAGCAGCAUUCUUCAGAGACCAGCACUGAAGAGUCAAAUCAGUUGGAUGGCAAAUCAGAUGAAGAAGCUGCUGAUAGUGGAGAAGAGCAGAAAGGAAAUCAAGAGAAGAAAGAAACUAUUCCAAAUUCUGGCUUUGUUCCUUUAUCUUCUGCUAUUAUUGAUCAUGAGAUUGAAAUACUAUUGUCUGAGUGGAGCAAAAAUGCUGACAUGCUAUUCAGUAUUCAUCCCAUGGAUGGUUCGUUGCUGGUAUGGCAUGUGGACUGGCUAGAUGAAUAUCAGCCUGGUAUGUUUCGCCAGGUGCAGGUAUCUUUUGUUUCAAGAAUUCCAGUAGCAUUUCCAACAGGUGAUGCAAAUUCUCUUUGCAGAAGUAUAGUGAUGUAUGCCUGCACCAAGAACGUUGACCUCGCUAUUCAACAAGGCAAACAGAAGCCCCUUGGCCUUACACGUUCCUCAUCUAUGCUUAUCUCUUCUGCCCACAAUAAAUCAACUAACAGUUUAAAAUUAAGUAUCUUCACCCCCAAUGUUAUGAUGAUUUCAAAACAUGAAGAUGGAUCUUUAAACCAGUGGCUAGUUAGUUUUGCAGAGGAAUCUGCUUUUUCUACUGUGCUCAGUAUUUCACAUAAAUCUCGAUAUUGUGGUCACCGUUUUCAUCUUAAUGACUUGGCUUGUCAUUCAGUUUUACCUUUGCUGCUGACAACUUCUCAUCAUAAUGCUUUGAGAUCACCAGAUGUUGACAGCACAAAACAGACAAAUGAUACUUCAAAUUCUGGAGAGUCGCCUUUAAGAUCUCAGAAUAGAGACACUACAAGUGUAACGUCCCAGGAUCCCAAUGCAGUUUAUAGUGAGCUUAUUCUUUGGCGAGUUGAUCCAGUUGGUCCAUUAUCCUUUUCUGGAGGAGUUUCUGAACUUGCACGAAUUAAUUCUCUCCAUGUUUCAGCUUUUUCUAAUGUGGCGUGGCUGCCUACACUUAUACCCAGUUACUGUCUUGGUGCAUACUGCAAUUCUCCAAGUGCUUGCUUUGUGGCAAGUGAUGGACAGUAUCUGAGAUUAUAUCAGGCUGUAAUAGAUGCUAAAAAGCUUUUGUGUGAGCUAUCCAAUCCUGAAAUUUCUAAAUAUGUUGGUGAAGUUUUUAACAUCAUAAGUCAACAGUCUACUGCAAGGCCAGGAUGCAUUGUAGAGUUGGAUGCUAUUACAGAGCUUCAUGGCAGCAAAACACAGUUACUUCAUGUUUUUCAAGAAGACUUCAUUUUGAAUAACAAUGAGGAGAAAAUACCUGUAAAGAACAACUGUUUAUCAGACUCUGGAAACCUGCAAAAUGGAUUCUCUGAAAAAUUUUACUUAAUAGUAAUUGAAUACACUCAAAACCGCUCAUUAUUACACAUGUGGAACUUACACUUGAAGUCCAUUCCAGUUUCAGUGGAUGAAAAAAUAGACUCAAAUAUAGAUGAAGCAGUGUCACAUCAUGAAGAGCUAUAUUCUUCCUCUCUGGAUCCAGAGAAGAUCCAGUCUCCCUUCACGCAAAAAUAUCGAGCCUGUAGAGCAAACCUUCAAAGUACCAGUCGUCUGACUCUGUCUUCGGAAAUGGUUUAUAGUCAAGAGUUGAAUUUACCAGAAGGAGUGGAAAUAAUAAGUGUUAAACCAUCAGCAGGACACCUGAGUUCCUCUUCCGUAUAUCCAGUUUGUCACGCCCCUUAUCUACUGGCAACUUCUUGCUCAGAUGGAAAAGUUAGGUUCUGGAGAUGCAGAGUGAAUCCUGAGGCAGUGAUUUCUUCUAUGCCAGAAUAUACCGUAAAUAGUAAUGUUACAUAUAUAUGGGAAGAAUGGCCACUACUUGUUGAGGAUGGACUUCUUAGUAGUAGUACUGUGAAUGUUCCAGGCAGGCCAAUAGAAGUUAGUUGUGCACAUACAAAUAGAUUAGCUGUAGCAUACAAGCAGAUGACAUCUAAAAAUAGUCGAUGUUCUCAAGAUUUCAUGAUGCAUGUUAGUAUUUUUGAAUGUGAAUCUACAGGAGGAUCAUGUUGGAUUCUGGAACAGACUCUUCAUUUAGAUGAAAUAAGCAUAAUGUUGGACUCUGCCAUUAGUAUUGACAGUAAUUUAAUGGCAUACAAUAAACAAGAAGUUUAUUUAUCUAAUAAUGAGAGGAUUUUGCCCAGCACAAAGCACUUGGUUCACUUAGACUGGAUGUCUAAGGAAGAUGGAUCACAUAUCCUAACAGUAGGAAUUGGAUCAAAGCUUUAUAUGUUUGGCCAGCUGGUUGGGAAUAUGCAUGACCAAAGUAGUAAGGAGAUGUCUGCAUUGCCACUGUGGGAAAAUGCGAAAGUUACAUCUUUUUGUAGGUUUGUACUGCUACGGUGUGUGGACUUAGUUUCUUCAGUAGAAGGAUCACCUCCUUUGCCAGUUUCUUUAUCUUGGGUACGUGAUGGCAUCCUUGUAGUUGGGAUGGAUUGUGAAAUGCAUGUUUAUUCUCAGUGGCAAUCCCCUUCAAAACAAGAGUCAGUUAUGAGUGAUUCUUACAGUGGAAGUACACCAUCUAUCACUAGCUUAAUGAAACAAAGCCAGUCGGCUGGUUCUGGCCUGCAUCCACCAAAACGAACCUUAACCAGAUCCAUGACAAGUCUUGCACAGAAACUUAGUGGAAAGAGAACUGCAUUUGAUCUGUCUGUGGAAAUGGAAGAUUCUGGUCUUUUUGAAGCAGCUCAUGCAUUAUGUCCAACUUUACCACAGUACCACCCUUUCCAGCUUCUAGAGCUUAUGGACCUUGGUAAAGUACGUAGAGCAAAAGCCAUCCUGUCUCAUUUGGUGAAAUGCAUUGCUGGGGAAGUUGUUGCUAUAAAUGAAUCUGAACCUAAUCAUGAUCGGCGACUUAGAUCUCUCACAAUUAGUGCUAGUGGAAGCACUGCAAGAGACCCCAAGACAUUCAACAAAACUGAGAAUACAGACUAUACAGAAAUAGACUCUGUUCCACCACUUCCUCUGUAUGCAUUGCUUGCUGCAGAUGAUGACUGCUCACAUUUUUGUUUAGAGAAAUCCAACAAUCAAAAUAACUUAAAUAAACAAAAUGGUUUACCAGAUGAAAAUUAUGAAGAUCUUUUUCAAAACUCCAGCCUAAAUACAGAUGAUCUUACCGUGUUUGAAGCAGAUGAAGAUAAUACAAAGCCAAAGAUUAUUGAUCUUUCUCAGUACAGCCCAACUUACUUUGGACCAGAGCAUGCCCAAGUUCUUUCUCGUCACUUGCUGCAUUCUAGCUUACCAGGUCUCACCAGGAUGGAGCAAAUGUCAUUGAUGGCCUUGGCAGAUACAAUUGCUACUACCAGUACUGAUAUUGGAGAAAGCAGAGACAGAAAUCAGGGUGGAGAAACGCUUGAUGAAUGUGGCUUAAAAUUCCUUCUGGCUGUUCAGCUUCACACAUUUCUGACAACCUCACUUCCUCCUGUCUAUCGCGCCCAGCUGCUUCAUCAAGGCUUAUCUACUCGUCACUUUGCGUGGGCAUUUCAUUCAGUAGCAGAAGAAGAACUACUGAACAUGCUCCCUGCUGUGCAGAAAGGGGAUCCGACUUGGUCAGAACUCAGAGCUAUGGGUGUUGGAUGGUGGGUUCGGAAUAUCCAUAGUUUGCGCAGAUGCAUAGAAAAGGUAGCCAAAGCAGCUUUUCAACGAAACAACGAUCCACUUGAUGCAGCUAUUUUUUACCUUGCAAUGAAAAAGAAGGCUGUGAUUUGGGGAUUAUACAGGUCCCAAAAGGAAACUAAGAUGACACAGUUCUUUGGGAACAAUUUUACUGAAGAUAGAUGGCGUAAAGCAGCACUGAAGAAUGCUUUUUCUUUAUUAGGCAAACAGCGCUUUGAACAUUCUGCAGCAUUUUUCUUGUUGGCUGGUCACUUGAAGGAUGCAGUUGAGGUCUGCCUUGAAAAACUGGGUGACAUUCAGCUGGCUCUUGUAAUAUCAAGGCUUUAUGAGUCAGAAUUUGAAGCAUCUAGUAUGUAUAAAUCCAUACUGCAGAAGAGAAUUUUGGGAAGUGCCUUUCCUGGUAAAGAGAGCUCAUCAAACAUGCAUUGUGACCCUUUUCUACGAAGUAUGGCUUUUUGGAUUUUGGAAGAUUAUAGCAGGGCUCUUGAUACUCUAAUUAAGCAACCUGCUGGAAAUGAAGAAGAUGAAAAUGGUGCUUCCCCAAGUUGUGACCCUUCAGUGUUCAACUUUUAUAAUUAUCUAAGGACACAUCCUCUCCUGCUGAGACGUCAUUUUGGCUCUUCUGAAACAUCUUCAACACGCAUUUGCCUAACUGUAGAAAAUGGACUGGCGGACAAAAUAAAUUUAAGUGAAAGAAGAUUGUUUUUCACUACAGCACAUGCACAUUUAAAAGCUGGCUGUCCCAUGUUGGCUCUAGAAGUGUUAUCAAAAAUGCCAAAAGUGGUCAAGAAGUCAAAGCCUUUUUGUUCAAAUUCUAGUUUAAUGGACACUAAUAAGGAUUUUUCACCUUCUUCACCAAUAAGGUCGGAGACCAAGGAAGAUAAAGUUUCCAUUGUUGAUUGGGCACAGCAUGUACUAAAUGGUUUGGGAUCACUUUCAGAUUGUUCAUCAGACAAACAGUCAAGCUCUGCUCUUUCUUUUGAUUGGAGUCAACCAAGUCUAGUAUUCCAAGAUGAACCAUUGGAGCUAAAGUGGGAAAGUGACAAAGAUGAAGACAGUGAAGAUUCUUCUCUUGUAAUGAAAGAGCUGAAACCUUUGCAGAAGAUGACAAGUGAAAAGCUAGAUGAAACUAGUUCUAACUACUCAGAGUCUUUCAGUGCACUUGAUGAAAAUUAUCUUUUAAGUCCAUCAGAAGAUGUGAUCUCAGCACAGUUGAAGUUUAGAGCAUGCUUGAAGAUUCUCACAGUAGAGCUUCGUACACUAUCCACUGGUUAUGAGGUAGAUGGUGGGAAGCUGCGGUACCAGCUUUACCAUUGGCUUGAAAGAGAAGUUGUAGCUCUUCAAAAAACCUGUGACUACAGUGCAGAAGUAGAGGAGGUUCAAGCUGGAAUUAGCGUGACUGUUGAUGAAAUUGCAUUAAGUGAAAACACUGAAGAAUUAUCUGACGAAUCAAAAGCUAUGCUGCAGAGAGAGAAUUUUCAGAAAAGGCGACAAUGGCUUCUAAAAUACCAGUCACUCCUGAGGAUGUUUCUUAGUUACUGUAUACUUCAUGGAUCUCAUGGUGGGGGGUUGGCAUCCGUGAGGAUGGAACUGAUUUUGCUUUUACAAGAAUCUCAGCAGGAACAGUCAAUACAAACACUUCCUAGUCCUCUUCCAGAACAGAACUCUAUACCUCUCCUAUUUGCCUGCACAGCCAGUGCCAAAACAGUGGUGGCCAGUCCAUUAUUGCAUCUCAGCAACCUGACUCAUGAUAUAUUACAUGCAGUAAUAAACCUUGAUUCGCCACCUCACCCAGAUAUCCAGAACAAUAAGAUACAUGUAAUGCAUACUUUAGCAGCAUCACUCUCUGCCUGCAUCUACCAGUGCCUUUGUGGUGGCCACAGCUACAGUUCAUUACAAGCAAACCAGUUCACCGGAACAGUAUAUCAGACACUGCUGCUUACCCAGCGACAUACUCUAAGAACUACAAGCUUAGAUGAAACUGUAACUCCCAAUACAUCUCCAGCUCAAUGGCCAGGAAUAACAGCUCUGAUACGUCUUUUGAAUUCAGCUGGUGAGGAAGCCCAGCCAGGACUCUCAGUUUUACUUUGUGAAAUUCUAACAGCAGUCUAUCUUAGUCUCUUCAUUCAUGGUCUAGCAACUCAUUCCAGCAGUGAAUUGUAUAGAAUUAUGGCCCAUCCUUUUAACGACAAAAUGUGGUCUGCUGUCUUUGGUGGAGGAGCUCAUAUUCCUAGCAGAGGACAGAUGCAACAGACAACAAAAGCUGGUAGGCACUUCUCUAUGCCUAGCCCACACCAGGUAGUAGUGUUCUCUAUGGAAUGCGUGGGGUUUUCCAAAUCCCUUACUGCCAUCAGUACUCAUAGUCCUACCAAACAUGCAGUUUCUUCUUCUGUAGACAAUGGUAAGAAGCAACAAAAAAGUUUUACGCUUUCAUCAAAAAUCUCUCCGAAAGAAAGUUCACAGUCUGCUUCAUCAUCUUUGGUAGAGCAAGAAUCUCCAUCUUACAGGGAAAAGUUUAUCCCUCCUGAGCUUAGUAUCUGGGACUAUUUCAUAGCAAAGCCUUUUCUUCCAACCUCACAAAGUAGAGUGGAAUACGAUUCAGAGGAGAGUCAGGGAAGUGAUGAUGAGGAUGAGGAUUUUACAUCAGAUUUACACCUUCAGGAGCACUCUAAUUCAAAUUCGUACAGUUGGUCACUGAUGCGAUUGGCUAUGGUUCAGUUGGUGCUUCAUAGGUUGAAGAAUUUCUACCCCUUGGCUGGGCAUGAUCUGUCAGAGCUUCCAGUUAGUUCCCCGCUGUGCCAUGCCAUUCUGAAGACAUUUCAGCGCUGGGAGCAAGUUCUUCUCCGGCGACUUGAGAUACAUGGUGGCCCACCUCAGAAUUUAAUUUCUGCUCAUACUUCUGAGGAUGCAUUAUCAGCAGGUCCUGCACUCCUUCGUCAUAAAGCUUUGCUUGAACCUACAAACACUCCUUUCAAAUCUAACAGUCAUGUUGCACUGUCUGUGAAGAGGCUUUGGCAGUACUUAGUUAAACAAGAGGAAGUCCAGGAAACCUUCAUCAGAAAUAUAUUUACAAAGAAAAGAUGCCUAAAUGAGUCAUUAGAGGACCACAGUGAAACCAUCAAAAAUACUAUGAUGGAGGAGCCCUUCUUCAAUAAGAUAGAAGCAGAUCUGGGAUAUCCAGGAGGUAAAGCAAGGAUUAUUCAUAAAGAAUCGGACAUCAUUACUGCUUUUGCAGUCAAUAAAGCAAACAGGAACUGCAUUGCAAUAGCUUCCAGCCAUGACAUUCAAGAACUAGAUGUUUCUGGGAUUCUAGCUACACAAAUCUACACCUGGGUUGAUGAUGACACAGAAGUGGAGGCUAAAGGGUCUGAUGACUUCUUGGUUAUACAUGCUCGUGAUGACCUGGCAAAUGUUCAGGGUACUACACCUUAUACACACAGCAAUCCUGGCACCCCUAUCAACAUGCCUUGGCUUGGUAGUACACAGACUGGGAGAGGUGCAUCUGUGCUGAUCAAGAAGGCUAUUAAUAAUGUCAGAAGAAUGGCUUCCCAUCCAACUCUACCUUAUUACUUGACGGGUGCUCAAGAUGGUAGUGUGAGAAUGUUUGAAUGGGGCCAUUCACAACAAAUCACAUGUUUCCGCUCUGGUGGCAACUCAAGGAUAACACGAAUGAGAUUCAAUCACCAAGGAAAUAAGUUCGGGAUUGUUGAUGCUGAUGGAUACAUAUGUUUAUAUCAAACAAACUGGAAGUGUUGCCCACUUACUGGAAGCACACCCAAACCAUAUCUGACGUGGCAGUGUCAUAACAAAACAGCCAAUGAUUUUGUUUUCAUCAGUUCCUCCUCUUUGAUAGCCACAGCUGGACAGGCUACUGAUAACAGAAAUAUAUGUUUGUGGGAUACCUUAGUUGCACCUGCAAAUAGUUUAGUGCAUGCUUUUAUCUGUCAUGAUAGUGGGGCAACUGUGCUAGCAUAUGCUCCAAAACAUCAGCUUUUAAUAUCAGGAGGCAGAAAAGGUUUUACUUGUAUACUUGAUCUUCGCCAAAAGCAACAACGACAGCUAUUCCAGAGCCAUGAUUCUCCUGUUAAAGCAAUUGCUGUGGAUCCUGCAGAAGAAUACUUUGUAACAGGAUCGGCAGAAGGCAAUAUAAAGGUAUGGAGUUUAUCUACCUUUAAUCUUCUUCACACUUUCAUCAAUGAGCAUGCUCGACAGUCAAUCUUCAGAAACAUUGGGACAGGGGUCAUGCAGAUUGAGACAGGACCAGCAAAUCACAUAUUCUCCUGUGGAGCUGAUGGAACAGUAAAAAUGAGAAUCUUGCCUGAUCAAUUUAGCCCAGUAAAUGAAGUGUUGAAAAAUGAAGUGAAAUUUAUGCUCUGAUAUUUUUGUCAAUACUGUGUGUAACUUUUUUUCUGAUGAUAUUUUUCAUGGAAAUGCCAACAAAUGUCAUAUACCAAUGAUAGUUUUACAAUUGGUGCCACAAAGAUUUUUGCUUUUCUGUGUUCAUAUUUAUUUCCUGAAGCUUAAAUCCGUGAUGCCUUAAAGAUUAACAAGGUCCUUCAGAUUUGGAUUAUAUUGCCUAUUGUAGGAAUCAUAGCUGACGCUGUAAAAUAUGUAUUAUAUAUAUUUAUAAUGUGUAUACACACACAAUAUGUUGCUAAAAUGGUUCACCACCUCCCCCCCCUUUUGUGAUAACCUCCUCUGUUCAGAGCAUGAGUUUUUCUCACAUUGAACACCUGGCCUUCUCCCAGGCCAGGUGUAGAUGGAAACCUUAUAUCCUGAUUCCCCUUUACUCUGACAACCACAACUGUGUCUCUACAAACUUUUACUCUUUGGCAGCCAUGAAUAAGUGUUUGCCCCUCUGUCUAGAAAAUAAGCAAACCUCUGAAGCAGGUGCUUAUCCCACAGAAGGAACUGGCCCAUGGAACACUGAUUUGAUGAACCACCACCACCCUCCCAUUUGUGGAAUCCAAGCUGGUUACCUCCACAACUCACCUAAGCCCUUUUUCUCUCACCUAGGGUAUAAGAAACUGAAGGAUAUUGCAUAACUUGGGUUUUCUAUGCUAUAGCUUGAAACAUUGUCAACAGAAUGGAAGUCUUACCUUUAAAAAAGCCUACAUUUUUAACCUUGAACUCCCCCUUUUCAAAAUAUGCAAAUACAUGGAUAUCUUAAUAAAACUGUGUAAAGAGAAUGUGUGAAGCUUUAAUCUUGACAAGACAAACUACAGACAGGUGUUGUAUAGGAUAAGAAAUUAGAAUUUAUCUUUAGAUAAAGGGUAUUUAUUUAAGUAACUGUAAAGAGAGAAAGCAACUGAAAUAUUUUAAUUUUUUCCAGUGAGACUUUUGUAUUUAGCCAAAAGAUGCUGAAUUUGUUUCCAGUACUUGUGUCUAUCUUUCUAAGCACCUUUAAAAAGAAAGCAAAUAAAAAUACAAGAGUGAAGUACUUUAUGACCUUAGUUGUAUAAAAUAUAUUGUAGAGUUACAAAUUAUAUAAAAAAAAUCAAAGAAAAAUGUAUUGAAGGUGUUUGGAGCUUUUUCUUUUUUGCCAAAAUGUAAAACAGCAUAACCUAAAUACCUGACCAAAAUAUUAAAAAUGCACAAAGCCUUUGAAUCUUUUUUAACAAGCUAAAACUGUUUCUGAAAUUAUUUUACGUUACUUUUCCUGACCUAUUUCAAAAAUGUAGAAAGCUUGAUUUAUAAUUAGGCUAGAUAUGAGGCUGAUCAGUUACUCAAAUGAAAAUGGUAUACUGUUUUGUUAAAAGAUACAUUGUAAAAUACAGCAACAAUAUUUCGUGUCAAAUAAACUUGUCCAACUGAGGGAAUAAACAAAGCACAGAAAUGAAGGGCUUGUAAAAUAAGCUUUGUAAUAUUCUCAGGAUACUUUUAAGAGUAGAAUUGUUUAAAAAGAUUUUGUAAAUUGUAUUAUAGUUUUAAAUGUAUGUUUAGCAAAUUGCCAUGUGAACACUAAGAUGGUUUUUAUGCACAUAACCUGCACUUACAAAUUGUGCAAUACAGUGAUUUUUUUUUUGUGCUAUGGAGAAACCUGUGGCAGCAUUUCAAAGAAUUGCUACAGCUGUUUAAUGUGAGGAAGAAUAAUUAAAGUUUCACUAACAUUUUAUUCAUGGAUUGACACUGAGUUUACAGUACAGUGACAGAACAGAGAAGUGGCUGACUUAAAAUGGCACCAUUUUACUCUGUAGAUCUGUGUGCAUUAUUGUAUCUGCUUAGUGACCAAUAUAUUGGUAAUACUUAUUCCUGUUAGCAUCACAAAGCCCACAUAGCUAUCAGUGGCUCAUGCAUUAACACAAUUAAAAUCCGAUCUUGUAAAUGCUUAGUCAUGUGAAUAAUUUUACAUCCCAAUUGAAUUAACUGAGAUUACUCAACUGUUCAUAAUUAAGUAUUUGCACCAUUCGGGCCUAAAUUUCAUUUUCAGAACUUUAGUUAAUUGCAAACCAGGAUAAUGUAAUUUAACUUUUCAGAUUCCCAGCUCAGUUCAGUGCACUGGCAAUUUGGGAAAGCCAUCCCUUCAUUGUAAACUGAGCAAAUUUGAUAUGGAAGUCAUUCAGAUGUUGAACUUCAUUAUCACUUUAGUCAUCUUUCUGAGCAGAACUGCACUUUUUCUUUCAGUUUACUAGGCAAACCUAUGUGCUUAUACCGGAAAAGCAAUGUCUGGGAACAAAUGAGUCUUUUCAGUGAAGUUUAUAAUUAUCAUAACAUAAUAAAAUUAAAUUAUGUAAAAAUAUGAUGUAUUUACCACAGAUGCAUAAUCUUUAAAAUAAAAGACCAUGCAGAGAUUCAACCGUUUAGAA